GGAUUUGCACAACAAUUUUGCUGGGGCUAUAAAAGCCUUUGGCUAAGCGCAGUUCGAGCAGCAAUUGAAACCCAAAUAUCAACAUGCACAAACAUCUCUUCCUGAUUGUCGCCCUGCUGUUUGCCGUCAGCUCCGCCGUGGAUGACGAUGCGCACGCCAAGGCGAAGGAGGUGCAUAAGGAUGACGGCCAUGGCAACUUUGCUUAUAGCUAUGACAUAACGAACGGCAUCGGCGCCCAGGAGGUUGGCGACGCUCAUAAUAAUGUCCAGGGCCAAUAUCACUUUACCUCCAAGGAGGGCGUGCCCAUUCAGGUGUCCUACACAGCCGACGAGAACGGAUAUCAUCCACAUGGCGACUCGCUGCCCACGCCGCCGCCCACACCCGAAGCCAUACUCAAGGCGCUGGCCUACAUCGAGGCGCAUCCGCCCAAGGAGGAGCAGAAGGUGCGCCCACGCCCGCAGCCAAAACACGGCAGACAUUAGGCAUUAGCCA